AGAUACGUUUGUAUUUUUUUCAAAUAACCUCGAUAUCAAUUCUAUCGAUAAGGAUAUAUUGUUUAUUAGAAUGAAGUUCAUCAUUGCUUUAAUUUUGAUUGGUUUCCUUGCCAUGUCCAUGACUUCAGGACAUGAGGAGAUAGAGAAAGAUCUAUGUCAUAUUCCACCAGGACAUGAACAACUACAGAAAGUUAUAAAUAAUUGGUGCUACAAAAUUACUAGUGAAGCUUGUGAACUCACAGAAGACUUGAAGUGUUGCCAUGAUUGCCAAAAUACGUAUGGAUCCACCGCAUAUGGAAAAUGUCUUUCUUCUAAGCUACACUGUAUUUGUCUCACUCCAUGUUAAGAUUCUAGUAUGUGUAUUUCAUACACAAUGCAAUGUUGUAGAACUUACAUAAAUAAUUCAAAAUUAUAAAUUCUAAAAAGUCACACAUUGUAUUUGUGUCUAUCCAUGUUAAGGUUCUAGUAUGUAUUAUUUUAUACAGAAUCCAGUAUUGAGGUAUGUACAUGAAUAACUGGAAAUUAGAGUAAUUACCCAAAUCA